AUGUAUAAAGAGCUUUCAAAUGUUGAAGAACAUAUCAGUAAAUCUCCAAAGGAUACUUUGACACCCUAUAAAAUAGCUGUAAUUCUGUUAAUAAAAUGUUAUUGUUCUACAAACAUCAAAACUAUUCGCGAACGUCGUGACUUUUGUGUCAUCAUUUUAAAAUUGAUUCAGACACCAGACAUGGAAAUGGAUACACUGUUGACUGAACUUCAUUCACCAAAUCAUAUUCUUCAAUGUUUUGCUAAAGAAUUAGAAUCAGAAUGUUUACACAUGUGUAACACUGGAAUUGAAGGACUAUCAGAACUAUUUGAUGUUUUAACCAGAUUCAUGAAAUCAUCAAUGGAUCAUUCCCUCUCUUCUCAUUUACUUUGCAGGAAUUCAGUAUUAGGACUUUAUGUCCGAAGAAUUAUUGUAUUUUUUGAACAGUUAUCUUUUUCUGAUGUAGCUCAACUUUACGAUGCAUUUGUCAGAAAUUUCAAUCGAAGUGCUGUGGUUGUCGCAAACUGGAAAAGUGAUAAAAUUACAGGAAACAUCGUAAAAAGAAAUAAAAACAAUACAUGGGAUGGACGACGAGCUGAAUUGUUAGUUGCUCAACAAGCUCACAUCUUGCAGACUAAUGAAUACAAAGCGAUGCUACCAUCAAAAUUGCAAACUAUUGUUCGAGAACUUUUAAAUUAUAAUUCAUAUUAUGCAGAAGUAGUAAGUUCAAAGAUUUGUGAUAUAUUACCAACACUAAAAAAAAAAUAACUUGAAUCAAGAGAAACAUUUUUGAACCAAGAAUAAUUUUAAAAAGUUUCAUUUUCUUCAAUCAAGACGAAAAAUUCUUGAAUCAAGUAAAAUUUACUUGAACCAAGAAAAACUUUUUAGUUUAAGAAUUUUUCUACUCAAAUUAAGAAGACGAAGUUUUUCAAAAUUAUUUAUUUGAUACAAGUUAAUUUUUUUUUUCUGUUUAUAUGAGAUUAAAAAAUUUUCCCAAAAUUUUCAAAAUCAAAUCUAAUAAUAAA